AAAGGGAACUGUAGCUGCCGGCAGGGGCUUUAGUCUCCAGUGAACUAAAGAGGAAGGAGGGACGUUCUUUGAUCAAGUGUCCGGUUCACGGUAUCCCAUGGAGAGAUGGCUUCUGCGGUGUGGGGCCCGGGUGGGAUACCUGCACCCCUCCAGCCUGCUCCCAGCCGAGUGCUUCCUCCCUUCCUCCGUUUGCUGCUGGUGCCCUGGACCCUGCAGCUAGCAGGAGGGAUAACAGUGACCCAUACCGGCCUUCCUAUCAAGGUCUCGCUGGCAAACACGGAUAUGUCCUUUAGUUGCAAAAUCCACAACUUCCUAGCAACCGAGAUCUUCAUGUUCACCGUUAGCUUCUUUUACGUGGAUAUCCAUGGUGAGAAAAGCUCGGAGAAGCCGAUUGCCUGCCAACCCAGGCCUGGCAUGGAGAACCAGACCAUGGAUUGCAUGGUUCAACUCAGCCUGCCAAAUGCAUCAGCCACAGGCACUUACUACUGCCAAGUCAAAGGACAUGUGACAAGUCAGAGCGACGGCAUCUUCAUUCUGGUCAGAGACACAGGGUACCAGCCACCUUCAUUCAAGGUCCAGGAGGCUCUGCUACUUAGCUUUACCGGCCUGCUCAGUGUCCUGGGUGUGCUGGGCACGGCGCUGCUGUUCUGGAAGAAGAAACAGAUAGCGGCUCUGGGCAAGCACACUGCUAAGACAGGCCCUGGUCCCAAACCCACCAUCGGAACCACAAAGCCUCCAGCAGAAUCCAUCUACACGUCCCUACAGCGUCGAGAGACAGAGGUCUACGCCUGCAUCGAGGGAGAGACUAGUAGCCCUGUCUCCAGCCAAAGCCCAGACACCAAGGGGAAAAUGAAUAGAGUUGAAGAUGACCGUGAAUUUAACCUCGUCUAUGAAAAUCUUUAGAAGUUUUACAGGCUCCGAGCCUUGUCUUGGAUUAGGACUCCAGAGCCGCAUCUCUUGUCUAAGGACCUGCUUUGGGCUGGCAGUAGGGCCUUCAGGACACGCAUCUCCUCACCUGCAGUCAGGUCUCCCCCUACCUUGGCCUGGUCUGCUCUCACACUCUGCGUCCCAGCCUGAACAGUUAAUGCCUGGGCUUUUGCCCAGGCUGUUCCUCCAUCAAGAAAGCCAUUCCUUCCCUGUGCCCAUGGAGAAGUGGUUCUCAGUCCCACGGGGCUCUCUUGGAUAACAUCUCUUUCCUUUUCACCCCUUACUGCCACCCCUGCAGAGCUGUGUAUGUGACCGUCUUGACAUCUGCCUUGAACAUUUUGGUCCACGGCAGACUUGCCCUUGGGAGAACAUAGGAGGACCCCAGUGA